AGGCUACUACCCAGGCAUUGUUCUUGGCUUUGGAUCUUUCCUAGGGAUUGUUGGCAUCCACCUGGUAGAGAACAGGAGACAAAUGUUAGUAGCCUCCAUCGUGUUUAUCAGCUUUGGCGUGGUCGCAGCGUUCUGUUGUGCAAUAGUUGAUGGAGUGUUUGCAGCACGACACAUAGAACCGAGACCUUUGUAUAACAAAAGAUGCCAGUUUUAUUCAAGUGGGAUAGGAUUCCUUUAUGAUGCCUACCAGACAGAGGUGACAUGUUACAGCUUAAACAGCAAGUGCCAGCUGAAAGUGAAGAGUAACACGUGCUACUGCUGCGACCUGUACAACUGUGAGAAUUCAGAACAGUCUGCCAGCUACUACGAAUUUCUUGGUGUGAGCAGCUGUCAGGACGUGCUUCACCUGUAUAGGCUUCUGUGGUCCUCCACAGUCCUCAACAUCAUCGGGUUGUUUCUGGGGAUUAUUACAGCAGCCAUUCUUGGUGCCUUUAAAGACAUGGUACCUCUGUCCCAAAUUGCUUUCAGUGCUGCACCUCCUCCUCAGAUCCUGUACAACCCUGCUCAGCAGAUCCUGACAUAUGCUGGGUUCUGUCCUUCUGCAGCAACUAUUCCUACAUACCCAUCCUAUCCGUUACCUCUUCAGCCUGCCAGCAACUUUCCAGGAACAUCAUCUACUGACAUUUCUUUGUCAGAGGAAACUCAGCCUCCAUCUCAGUCCAGCUCCAGCUAUGGUCUUCACCCCAAUGCUCCAGCCCUCUACACACCAACUUACUUCUUGCCUGGAGAAAAGCCUCCACCAUAUGCACCAUAGAACAAAUAAUUUAUUUUGACUAGCUGGUAGCUUAUAUCUAUAUAUUUUUUUUAAACCUCUGGAAUCUACACUGUGCAGGCACUAAAAUUAACAAGGAAUGCACUGAUGAGUGUACUAUGGCCACUCUGCUUUUUACCUGCAUCUCAAUGUGAGCAGAGCAGAACUCUGGAAACACAAGUGCAGGCAUGUCACCUGUGGGGUGACCAGUCACCACCCCAGUUUACCUGCAGUCAAAUGCAGUGUGGCUUUCUGACUACCAUAAGCAAGACAUAGUUCCUUCUCAGUACACUGCAGAACCAAUUUUCUUCAACAGGAGAAACACAGAAGACACUCUGGAUACAUGUGCUGCUUUCACAAACCACUAUAGAGGAGGUUUAGCCUGUGUUGUUGGAGUGGAUAGUAGGAAUCUCUCUGAUUUAAUCAUUUUGGGUAGGAAGAGACCAGCUGUUUGCUUGCUUGUAGUAUUUGUUUAAUAAACCUUUUUGGUGGAAGUGUUGUACCAAUAAAAAGUGUGGUAAUUAUUUUACACCAAA